AUGUCCUUCGCCUCGUUUCGCCUCGACACGCUCAACUUGGCCCCCGACCAGCUCGCAGCGUGCACACGUGCCAACCUCUCCACCGCAUCCGACGUCCUCCUCCUCGCGCCUGCCGACCUCUCGCGCAAGCUCCGCAAUGCGGGCUCCAACCUCAGUGCCCCCGAUCUCGUCCGCUCCGUGUCGCGCGCGAUCGUUCCAAAGUCCCAGCCCCUGUCGACCCGCGCCGACGCACUCGUGAUCCGCACAGGCGACACGCAUGUCGACGCGCUCCUCGGCGGCGGGAUACGUGCAGGCUGCAUCACCGAGCUGGUGGGCGAGAGCGCUGCGGGAAAGUCGCACAUGACGCUGCUCCUCGCGCUCGCUGUGCAACAACCUGCCCUGUGUGAUUCCCCCGGCGGGGCGAUCGUCAUCAACUCGGAGCGCGUGCUCGAAACGCAGCGGCUGGUGCAGCUGGCGGGUGUGGUGCGCGAACGGCAUCAUGGCGGGCCGCCCACGCGCGAACUGCUGGAUAACAUCCACACGUCCCGCGUCGCCGACGUCGACGCGCUCGAGCAUGCCCUGCAGUUUGUCGUUCCGCACAUGCUGGCCGAGCGCAAGUCCUCGUCUGGGUCUGCGCUUCUCGGCGAAGUGAUCGUUGAGGGUUCUACAACGCCAGCGCCUGCACGCGGCUUGAAACCUAUCCGCCUGCUCAUUCUCGACUCGCUCGCAGCCCUGUUCCGCGGCGACACCGAACGCAGCCGCAACGGCCUCGUCGAGCGGUCCAAGCACGUGGCCUUCAUCUCGGACAGGCUCAAAGCCAUGGCGGUGGAGUAUGGUGUCGCUGUCGUGGUCGUCAACCAGGUCAAGGACGUGUUUGGCUGGAGCGGCGGCCCGGGCUCCAGUGGUUCCCAGUCCUCCCAACCUGCCCUCACAAACACCCUCCCACCAGCCCCUACGAUGCUGUGGGCCACCCAGGCCCGGCAUUUCGCCCAGAUGGCAGGCCACAACAAGGAGGCGGCACUCGGUAUUCCGUGGGCCAACGCGGUCAACACGCGUCUCAUGCUCGCGCGGACCGGACGUCGACGCAUGGUCACCCUCCAGGACAUGGUACGGGCUCCGAAACGGCCUCGAGCAGGAGCGGCGGCGAGCAACGACGAUCCCGACGCGCCGUUUGUCCCUCCACCGGGGCUCGAGGUGGACGAGUCCAAGGCAACGCUCAUCCGGCGCAUGUGUCUCGUCUUCUCCCCAUUCGCUCCGCCCGGCACCCUCGACUAUGUCCUCACGGGAUCGGGUCUGCACGCGCUCCCCGGGUCGUUCCGCGCCGUCGACCUCGGCCCGGCCCUUCGACGACGAGACGCCAGGUUGCGCACGGCAUGGGCUAGCAGGGAAGAGGAGAGGGCAGGGCACAGGAGGGAGCCGCAGAGCACGCCUCUGCCAGCCACGCAGGUCGACGACACGGACGUGUUCGACGACCUCGGUGACCUCCCACCCGAGUUUUGGGAAGGACUGGAUGCGUUGGAUGAAGAGCCCAUGGCCGUGGGUGUGGUGGAUUGA